UGGGGUUUCUGAAUUCCUGGGUCUGGAUCCUCUUCUGCAUUCACGCCAGCAACCGGGUGCACCAACUUUAUUUCGCCCCGGCAGAAACCACCUGCGGAACUGGUUGAAUGUUGAUUCCCAGGGCCCACCCUCCAAGAGAGGCGGAUUCAGCGGUUCUGGGAGAGGGGUUUGGGAAUCUGCAUUUCAAACAAAUGCCCAAAGUGACCUUUGUGCUGAGUUCAUGGGCCCCCACUUUGAGAAACUCUCCUCUGGAUGGUGAAUGAAUUUUGGAGGUGGGUCCAGGGGAAGAGGGAGCUUAGGUCUGCGCUGAAGACUUCUGAUACCUGAUUUUGGCAUCCCAUUCAUUCAUUCACCAAAUUCUGGGUUAAGCACUCUUUAUGCAGGGGUCUGUCCCGUGUCUGGAAGAAUGGCUGCCCCCUCUUUGAUGAAUAUUUACUGAGCAUUUGGGCUGUGGCUAGUAUGAUUUGAGCACUUUGCCUAGAUUAUUAGCUCAUUUAAUCCCGACACAACACUGAAAGGAUAUUUAACUGAAGCUUACCUGGCCCCGGGACUCAGGUUUCUGCCUCGCAACCCACUGUCCCUUUCUUUCACCGCCGUCGCUUAGAAAAAAAAAAAAAAAUCUUCCUAAGCACUUGAAGGAGAGAGACACUGUGAUGCUGGUAGAGUAGAGCUGUUGGCUAUAGGGAACUGGUGAUUUGGGCCAUCCAGGGGGCUAGGAUCCAGGCUCUUUGGGCAGGGUGCUUCCUUUGAGAUCAUGAGGGACUGGGGAGGGCAGGUUUGUGUGUGGGGCCAUGCAGACCAGGCUGUACUUGUGGGUGGAGCUCAUUGUCAUGGCUGAGGGGGUCCAGGUGUCCAGCUCAGGGCAACUCCCACAGCAGCCUGUAGAUUAGCUCAGCCCCGCAGGGCUCUGGGCAGACGCUGAGCCCCCUCAUGUCUGUGCUCUGUGCUCUGGCCUUCUGAGAGUCCCUUUUCCUACCUACAAGAUGGGCUGUGACUGAUGUCAUGUCGCACAUUGUCUGGGAGUGAGGCAACUUGGUUUCCAGUCCCAGCUCUGUGGCUCAAUUGCUGUACGGCCUUGAGCAACACACCUCCUUUCUUGAGGUUUCAGUUUCUUUAUUUCACAGUGAUAUCUGGACAGGUUACACAACGCUUACAGCCUGAGCUUGGCAUUCAAGGCCCCUCGUGCUCUGGCUCCUAUCCUCUGCAGGGCCGUUUCCAGUCUCUCCUCCUAAUGAACCCUUCUCUGGCCAUGCCCCACUCUUUCAGGUACAUUCUGUUCCUUCUGCCUGGAAUUCUGUUUCUGCUAUUCCUCUCUCAAGAGGCAACUCAGAUACCCGGGUAGGACACUGUUCUAAGCUAUUUGCACAUAUGGUCCCAGUGGUCCUCAAAUUUUAGCUGUGCAUUAGAAUCAUUUGGAGGCUUGUUAAACCACAGCUUGCUGGGACCUGCACCCAGAGCUUUUGAUGCAGCAGGUUUGGGCAGAGCGUGAGGAUUUGCAUUUCUUUUCUUUUUUUUUUUUUUUAGAAAUGUUUUUAUUUGUUUUUGAGACAGAGAGAGACAGAGCGUGAGCGGGGGAGGGGCAGAGAGAGAGGGAGACACAGAAUCCGAAGCGGGCUCCAGGCUCUGAGCUGUCAGCACAGAGCCCGACGCGGGGCUCGAACUCAUGGAGUGUGAGAUCAUUGGAGUGUGAGAUCAUGACCUGAGCUGAAGUUGGCCACUCAACCGACUGAGCCACCCAGGUACCCCAAGGAUUUGCAUUUCUAACAAGCCCCAGGUACUGCUGCUGUAUGCUGGUGUGGGUAUCACACUUCGAGAACUGUUGUACUAUUUUGUUUAAUCCUCUAAAUGAGCUAGGUAGCCAUUCGUCUCUGUGAGGUAAGUACUGUUACUCUUUCCAUUUUCCAAGUGGUCUAAAUACAUGCUUGUUUGAAUGGGUUAGUGAGUUCUGGCCCCCUCUCCUUGGCAUCAGGAAGGGAAAUGUCCGUGUAUUUAGCCUUGCACGGGGGGGCCUGUCAUCAUUUCCUUGACGACCGCCUGAGGCUCAGAGAGGUUACAUGAUUUGUCCAAGGUAGCACAGCGAUUAGAGGGAGACGCUGGCUUGAACCAGGUUUCUCUGAAGCCCCACCUUUCCCCACCCUCUCAGGUGGAGAGGAUGUCUAGUUUCUGACCUCAGACAUCGCUUCAGGAAAUCCUGUCCGUAGCUUCAGAGCUCAGUAAUCUCCGGCAGGUAUGGCUGACCAGUUUCCCACAUAGCUGGCUGAGAUCCAGUUAUAUUCUCAGGACCACAGAGCCCCGGCCUCCCACUUAGGUCUCCUGCUGCCCACGCUCCUGCCUUGAUCUGCAGCCUGAUAAAGGCUGGGCCGCAGGCAGCAGGGCUCAGUAAGCCUGGCUCCUUUGGUGGCCUCCCCAGAAGCCCUGUGGCCAUGACGCAGCUGCUUCUGCUGAUUGUGGCCCUCCUGGUCCUGGGUCAUGUGCCACCAGGGAGAAGUGAAUUCAAGCGGUGCUGGAAAGGCCAAGGGGCCUGCCGAACUUACUGUACGAGGCAUGAAACCUACAUGCACAUGUGCCCAGAUGCCUCCCUGUGCUGUGUCGCCUAUGGAAUCAGGCCUCUGCCCUCUAAGACUGAAUCUGUGUAGCUGGUUCUGGGCUGAAACCCUUGCUCUCCAAUAAACACCUGCUGCUGCCCGUC